UGUCUGAUAAAGUAUAAAAGUUCUGUCUUCUCCUUUGCUCUUCCUGCCUUGUAAGCCCCUAACAAUUCGGAAUCAUGAAGUGGGCAACAUUCAUUUCUUGCCUUUUCUUAGUAAGCUUUGCUGUAUCAACACACCUGCCCAGAAAAUACCGGGAUGCAGAAAGUCAUGACACCAUCAGUCGUGCCUCUGAACUAUCAGCUGAUGAAUUUGCAGCCGUUGCCGUUAUCCUAUUCUCUCAGAUGGCACAGAAAGCCACAUACGAGGAGGUGCAUAAAAUGAUGGACGAUGUUGUUGCACUUGCAAAAAAAUGUACUGCUGAUGAACAUGCAGACCCAGAAUGUACAAAACAUUUGGGCACUGUUUUCCUUGAUGAGAUGUGUCAUGAACAGGGGUUUGCUGAGAAAUAUGGAUUUACUGAUUGUUGUGCUAAAGUUGAUCCAGAAAGAAAUGAAUGUUUCUUGGCCCAUAAAAAUUCAACUCCAGGAUUCAUUCCACCCUAUCAAAAACCAGACACAGAGGAGGCCUGCAAAAAAUUUGGAGAGAACAAAAAUGAGGUGUUGGGCCAUUACCUCUAUGAGAUCAGCAUUCGGUAUCCCAAAGCAAAGGUUGUCUCAAUCAUGAAAGCCACCCACGGUUAUGACCAUGUCAUGACUACUUGCUGCCAAGCAGAGGACAAGGGUGCCUGCUUCCGCGAAAAGGCACCAGCUGUAAAAAAGCAAAUGAUGGAAGACAUGGCUAUACAGAAACACUCUUGUUCCGUCAUGAAGAAAUUUGGAGACAGACCAGUGAAGGCAGUGAAACUUGCUUACCUAUCCCAGAAGUUCCCAAAGGCUGAAUUAGCUACACUUGAAAAGAUAGUUCAUGAUAUUAUACACAUCUAUGAAGAGUGUUGCAAAGGUGAUACGCUAGAGUGCAUGCUUGACCGGGAAAAACUGACAAAAUAUGUCUGUGCUCACCAAAAUGAGAUCUCUUCGAAAUUGUCAACUUGCUGCGAAAAACCUGUAAUGGAACGAGCAGAAUGCAUUGUUCAUGUGGAGAAUGAUGACAAACCUGCAGAUCUGUCAGAAACAGUCAGAGAAUUUGUGGAUAACAAAGAAGUGUGCCAGCAUUAUGCCGAAAAUAAGGACAAACAUCUGGCAAAUUUUAUUAAUCAGUAUGGAAAGAGACAUCCUGAACUCUCUCCACAGCUGCUUGUCAGAUCUGCCAAAGGGUAUGAAGAGUUACUGGAGAGCUGCUGUGCCAAUGAGCAUCCUGAAACAUGCUUAGCAAAAGGGGAGGAACAACUGAAAAAACACAUUGCUGAAACCUUGGAACUGCUGAAGACCCGCUGCGACCAAUAUGGGCAACUGGGAGACUACCUCUACCAUAAUGAGCUCCUUGUUCACUACGUCAGGAAAGCACCACAGCUUACCUUUAAAGAAGUCUAUAAGUACACAGAGCAAUUCAAAGAUAUUGCUGCCAAAUGCUGCAAGAUGGAUGAUGCCCACAAAUUGACAUGUGCUGAAGGAUAUACGGAGCUAGUGAUAGGAGCUAUUUGUGACAGACAUGAAGAAAAUCACAUCAACAAACAAAUUUGCAAAUGUUGUGGUGACUCCUAUAUCCACCGCCGGGAGUGCUUCACUGGCUUAGGACCUGAUCCAGAAUAUCAUCCUGGCCCAUUUAAUCCUGCAUUGUUCUCCUUCCACGGAGAUUACUGCAAUGCUGAACUACCAGAGAAGCAAAAAAUGAAACAAGAGAUACUUUUCAACUUGAUGAACCACAAACCCACCAUCAAAGAUGAAGAACUUGCAGUUGCUGUUGUGGAUUUUGGCACUAUGGAGGCAAAAUGCUGUGCAGCUGCAGACCCUGGACAAUGCUUAGCUGAAGAGGGGCCAAAACUGAUUGAACGGACUAAGGCUGCUCUUGGAGAGUGGGAAAUAGCAAAAAGUCCAGUUCUGCAAGUUAUACUAAAUCUAUCAGUUGAGGGACAUAAAGCCAGCCAGCUUCAUCAGGCCUGGCCUAAAACCAUGAAGUGGUUAAUAUUCAGUUUUUGCCUUUUCUGGGCAAGCUUCGCUGAACCAGAAUCCUUGACAGAAAGGCAGCAGACAUUAUUAGAAGUACGUGACUCCCUCACUCAUGGAUUACCAUUUGAUGAAUUCAGACAUCUUUCUGAAGCCUUGAUUGUCCAGAAUGUGCAAAGAGCCACAUAUGAAGAAGCGAUGAAAAUAAACAAUGAUAUUUCAGAACUUGCAAAGAAAUGUAUUGCUAAUCAACAAUCAGACCCAGAAUGUACAAAGCCUUUGGACACUGUUCUCUAUGAUAAACUUUGUAAUGAACAAGGACUUGGUGACAAAUAUGGAUUUACAGAAUGCUGUGGCAAAGUCAGUGAAGAAAGAAAGGAAUGUUUUUUAUCCCAUAAAAAUGCAACCCCAGGAUUCCUUCCUCCUUUUCAAGAACCAACAUCAGAAGAGCUUUGCAAAGUGUUUCAAGAAGAUUCCACAACAGCAAUGAGCCAUUAUCUCUAUGCAAUUGCCAGAAGGAAUCCUUUUACAAGUGUUUUCAUCCCCUUUACUAUUAUCCAUGAGCUUAAGAAUGCCCUGACAGCCUGCUGCCAGGAAAGCAGCCAAAGUGCAUGCUUGGAUGAAAAGAUACCAAGUAUCCGGAAGAAACUGUUAACAGACAUUAAUCUGGAGAAGCACUCCUGUUCUAUCCUAAAGACCUUUGGGAAAAGAGCUAUCAUGGCCAUAAAAUUUGUUCAGCUGAGCCAGAAGUUCCCCAAGGCUGAGGUUCUUACCAUUCACAAACUGGCUGGGGAAAUUGCACACAGCCAGGAAAAGUGCUGCAAAGGUGAUACACUGGGAUGUUUUCUUGAAAGGGCAAAUGUGAUAGCCUAUAUCUGUGACCAUCAAGAUGCUUUAUCUUCUAAACUGAAAGGCUGUUGUGAAAAGCCCUUUUUUGAACAAAAUGCAUGUCUGGUGACUGUGGAAAACGAUGAUAAGCCUGCAGAUUUGUCUCCGACUCUCAGGGAGUUCAUGGACAAUGAACAGCUGUGUCCACGUUAUGCUGAGGACCAAAACCCUCUCCUGGCAGAGUUUGUUUAUCAAUAUGCAAGGAGACACCCUGAGUUUUCUGUAUGGCUGAUUCUAAGGCUUGGUGAAGACUACGAGGAAUGGUUGGAAAAGUGCUGCAAAACUGAAAAUGCCAAGGAGUGUCUCAGCCAAGGGGAAGAACAGCUCAAAAAACAUAUUUCUGACAUCCAUGAAAUGAUCAAGAAAAAUUGUGACCUCUCUGAACAAAUGGGAGCCUAUCUCUUACACAAUGCACUUCUUGUCCGCUAUGUCAAGAAAGCACCACAGCUCUCCUUUGAGGAGCUCUGGGAAUACACCAAGAGAUUCGUAGACAUGGCUGCCAAGUGCUGCAAGAUGGAUGAGCCUCACAAAAUGAUAUGUGUUGACAGAUAUGCAGAUCUUGUGAUAGGAGAUAUAUGUCAGCGACAUGAAGAACAUCCCAUCAACAAACAGCUUGGCCAAUGCUGUGAGGACUCCUACAUUAGCCGUCAAGAGUGCUUUGGUGGCUUAGGAGUAGCUGAAGAAUAUGUUCCUCCCCCAUUUGAUGCUGAAUUGUUGGCCUUUGGUCGAGAUAUCUGCUUAGCCAAACCAGAAGAUCAGCAAAAAAAGAAACAAAGGCUGCUUGUCAACUUAGUUAAACUCAAACCCACCAUCACAGAUGACCAACUUGCAGCUUUGGUCAAAGAUUUCUCAGACAUGGGGAUGAAAUGCUGUGAAGCUGACAACCAUGAGGAAUGCUUUACAGCAGAGGGUCCAAACCUAAUUGAGAGGACUAGAGCCAGUCUUGGAGAGAAUUAAAGGGAGCUCAUGUGGAGAUAUUGUUUGUUUUAAAAGACUGCAAUGUCAAUCUUGCCAAGAACACCCUAUAAAAGGGUCACCGUAAGUUGGAGUCAGCUUGAAGGGAUGAAACAGUGACAGUAACAACAACAACAACAUUCUAUUAAUAGUCAGACAUAAUGAUAUGAUAAGCAUCUGCAUCCAGAUUAAGAUUAAAGUCUUUAAACAAAACACACUGCUCUCAGAAUAGAACAAUUCAGUUUAUUAGAGCUAAAACCUAUGUGCUGUAUGUCCUUGUUUGCCUUAAAGAUGGACAAACUGGUCUGUUCUUAAUUUUUCCAUUCUUACACAAGCUCCAUUCUUACCCAGGUUCCAGGGUCAUCUCAUGUUGAAAUAAAUUUAGUCUUAAAGAUGCUACAUGUUAGUUUGUGCAAGUAUGUUUGUAUAUUUCCAUUGAUGUCCACAUUAAAUUUUCAACAUUUUUCUGUA